CUGUCUCCCCUAAAGAGCCUCCGGGUUCGCGCCUGCGCCGUGGACGCCGCGGGUGGGCGGAACUGGUCAGGAUGAGUGGCGGAGGCGCCGAGACCCCUGUAGCGUGCGACGCCGCCCAGGGCGGCGGCGGCAAGAAGCGGGACUCGCUGGGGACUACGGGUGCGGCGCAUCUCAUUAUCAAGGAUCUCGGAGAAAUUCACUCAAGGCUGCUGGAUCACAGGCCAGUUACCCAAGGUGAAAUCCGUUACUUUGUAAAAGAAUUUGAAGAAAAACGUGGCCUUCGAGAAUUGCGUGUUCUUGAGAACUUGAAGAAUAUGAUCCAGGAAACAAAUGAGCGCAUGCUUCCCAAAUGCAGAGAGACCAUGCAGGGCGGCCUUGGGGAGACCCUGCAGAGACUGCAAGCAGCUAAUGACUCCAUCUGCAGACUCCAACAGAAAGAACAGGAACGGAAAAAGGUAAUUAAUGACCACUUGACAGCUAGUGAGAAGCGCCGUCUGCUCCAGUGGGAGGAGUUCCUGAGAGGACAGCCGCAGCGCAGAGCUGAGGUGGAUGAGGAGCACAGAAGAGCCAUGGAGAGGCUCAGAGAGCAAUAUGCAGCGAUGGAGAAGGACCUAGCCAAGUUUUCCACCUUUUAAGAAUUUGAUCUAAAAGAGACAGAUGAAUGAGAAAGCACUUUCUCAUCCCCCAAAUCCUCCCACCAACCAUGUAGCCGCUCCUUCAAGCUUAGCAAUACACUCAGGGGCACUCUUAGGUCUGAAGAGAGACACUGGAGGAGCCAGAUACAUGUCCAGUGGAAGGCGAGUGCUUAUGCACAUAACUGUGGUCAUCUGAAGAAGAGGAGGGAACGUGGGACACAUUUACUGCUAAACAGAUAUGCUCUUUUCACUGAUUAGCUUAGAGGGCUGUGAGUGUAGAUUAAUCAAGGGUUCACUUCAUUCCGCCAAGGGUAAAUGUUUGACAUUGUGGAUUAAAUUGGCAGGUAUGACAGCUGCCCAUCACAGCAUCCUGGGAUAGAGACGCCACAGUGGGCUUUGAAAGCUUGCUUGGAGACACCAGGUUUUACAGUGCAACACAGUGCCAUGUGUUUCACUGGGUGAUAAGACAUGCAUGAUUGAUAGCCUUGUAGCACUUAAUAUUUUCGUUUUCUGAGCUAUGCUUAGGAGAAAAAAACCAAAAUGUAUGUUGACUUUUUCCUCUGCAAGGACCAUCAUCUUGCUUUCCUGUCCAUUCAUGCUGGGCCAGCGCUCCAAGGAGCGUCUGUGCAUGUUUCAGCUGCUCAGUGAAUAGUCAGCAGAAUCUGCCAAGAAGUCCCUCCCAGGCCAUGUAAGACAGGCUGUGGGUGGGCCAAAAGUGCUCACCCGCACAGCGGAUGAUGUGUCGGAGGUAAAUCCUCUUUGUAUGAGCAUCUGUUCUCCAGCAGGUGUGUCUGAUGGAACACCACUAUCCACUACCACUGUGAUCUUUCCGUGCCUGCACUUAAUCUAAGGAAGGACUGCAUCAAAUGGCGUUUGCUAUAAACUAAACAGAAGUUCAUGCACUCACUUGAGGAGAUGCAUUGCCAGCGGGUUUGAGGUAUGGGUGGGUCUUUCUAGUAUUUUCUGUUCUUCAGUAAAGAAGGGCAAGGCAGAAAAUCCCUAAGUGUCCUGUUAAUCUCAGUAUUCUCAAUGCAGAAAAUUGACAAUGCGUGCCUGUGUGAAUGUAUGGCCGGCUGUGAAAGCUUCGUUCUUGGCUCAUGUUGAAAUGUGAUUAAAGCUAAUAGAAGAGAUGAAAUAAGUAUUUGAGAUUUCUUUCAGUAACACUGAACUUCUGCCAACUUUCUCUGUCUGCUACUGUAGGCCUGACAGGUUCAUCAAUCAUCCUGUGGUCCCUGGACUGAAAGAGCGCUUGCUGACACAGAAGCAUGCUGGAAUUUUCUUAAUUCUCUUUCAGUGGAUGGAAAAGAACACUUCCAAAAAUAUCCCACACGUGAAAGGGGAAGGGGGGGAGCUGCAGGGAAAAAUCCCCUUUGUAUCACAGGCACUUUUCGGAAUGUUGUUAGUGACCACUGCACCAUUAAUAGCUGCUGUCACCAAAUUAGAAUUCUGGGUGCCAGUGGGUGUGUCUGCUGUGGUCACCAGCACACAACACAGCAAAGGCUUCAGGUGGUUUGUGUGCAGUAUAGACACGUUACUCCUAGAUUUGUACACAACAUACACCUUUCUAAGGGGUGUAGACCAGGACGAAGUUUCUAAGCUUUGCAUGUUAAUGUUCUCAGUUGUGUGUAGCACUGUUAAAUUUCCACAAAGGUCAGUUGGUGUGCCUUUCUGUUGUCAUGUUCAGUGGCAAACACUUCUCGCUUCCCUCCUUUCCAAAUCAUUUUUGUUAUAUAUUUUUAUAUAAAAAAUUCAGUUCUAUAGUUUACAUUUGUGCUAUGUUGAACAGAGAUACUGUAGGCUAUACGUGGCUCACAGGAUUAUAAUGAUCAGAUGAAAUAAUAUCUUAAAAUUUUAAACCACUAGGAAAUGUUGAUUUGAAUGUAUUUCCUGAUUGAAUGUAUUUAAUUGAUCUCUCCUUGACAGGUGAGGUUUUCUUCUUUGUUUCCAAACAUACGUGCAUUUUAAAUUCUGUUUGUAGUAUUGAACUCUCCUGGAGCUGAAGCCUAGUGAGAUAAUAGAUACAUGUUAGAUCGGAUUGUCCAGAUUUACUGGGGUUUGAUCUAGUCAGUUUUCCCACCUAUGUCAUGGUGCUCGGAAAGUAUACACUUGCGGCUGGGUGUCCAUCAGGGCAAAGCAGUUCUGUGCACUUCCAGGUAGAUGGCCGCUAGGGCAGGACUGUGGUGUGCAGGAUUUCUGACCCCUCUCCUACUUGCUCUUUCAGAUUCUGCAGUGUAUGAGAAUUUCCUUUUCUACUGGCCUUUACUCUUUUGUCCCCAAAACUAAUAAUUUUUGUUUUAUAUGUUUGGGGCUUUGUGAUAGGUAUAUUAAGCCCCUGAUUAUUUCAACCUGAUUGUUUCAUAACUGAGGGGUUUUUUUCCUGGUUAUUUUUAGCUAGAAAGUAUAAUCCAUUUAUAUCUCCUAAAACUACUAAUAUAUUGGGAUUUACUUACAACAUUUUGAGCUGUUUGACACUUAUUUAUUAGGGGAGAACAAACCACCACACCUGUGAAGAUCAGAGGGUAAUUUAUGGAAGUUGGUUCUUUCUUCUGCCAUAUGGACUCCGGGGACCAAACUCAGAUCACAUUAUUUUAUAUUGUUUGCUUCGUCCCUGUCUUCCCGCUUUUUCACGUGCAUUUCUAUCCCCAUGCUUUUCCAAUGCAUUUUUUUUUUGCACUGUUUUCAAAGGUGAACACUCAAUUUUUACCCUUCAUGCUCACUAGGAAAUGUAACACGCAUUAGAAGACAAAACCCGAAUUUGCUGAUCUUCCCCCUGUGAAGCCUAAGAGCUUUUGAACAAUAUCUGAUUUCCUCCCUCAACUUACAGAUCUAGAAUUCUAGCUCCAUCUUGUUUGACUCCCGGAGUAGUUUUGAGCAUUGUUUGCCCAGGCGUCCCCACAGCUUGUGUCUCAUUCCCAUGGAAAGCUGCUGGGGUGCAGUUGCAGGGUGAUGAUUGGUUGCUUUUCUCCCUGUCUUCCUGUUGCUUCUGGAGUGAGAGCUGACUGGUAUGAUUAGCACGCCUCUGUCCUCCUUGGGGUCACUUUCAAGAUUCUCCCUUCGGUGAUAGUCACAUGUCCCUCUUUCCCAGCACUACUGAUUCUUCCCUCGGAACAUUGCAAAUGCUGGACCAUUUCGGGGUCACUCUGCGCUCGGACCAGUCUUCCACUCUUACUUUGUGUUGGAUGAGAAUGCCCUAAACCCGUGUACUGUGAUGCCAACCGCCUAGGACUCUCCUUUAUAUCUGAAUGUGGAGUGAAGGAGCGCACAGGUCUGGAUGUUUUCCUGGCUUCUGCUAAAGACCCUUUUGAGUUCUCAGUCUUGCCAGCCACCCCCUCCCCGCCCCAGUUCAGUCCUUGUUACAGACAAACUCAUGUCCUCCAUGAAGCUCAGCAGCUAGAACCAUAAUCCCAGUGUGACUGUAUCUAGAAGGGUAUGAGUCUGGGUACAGCACCCCUUAUCAUCACCAUUGGGAUGUGGUCACCAUGGGAACCUUGCUGGCCACCAUCUUCCUGGGCAUCAUCCACAUUUUUAUCAGUCCCCAGGGACCUGGCAUCUUCUAUACAGUCUGCUUCAGCAUAGCAUGGCCAUCCUCAGACUGCUCCUCCGGCCUUUGUCUGCUGCCUUCCCUGUCUCCUGUGCCACCGCCGAGGCAUGUUCCCAUUGGACAGGACACCAGUAGACUUCUCAAGAGCAGAGUUCUUAUCAGGUGACUGACAGUGCUAAAAAUGCCUUCAGAGCCUUGGCAGGCCCGGAGGACUAGGGAUCAAGCCACCCCCUGCACCUGGUUCCUGGACUUGCAUGGUCUCUCUCUCACCUAGCAGGAUAUUCUCACAUACAUUUCUUGGACCUAAAGUAGAGUAUCUUUCAGGAGUUACCCAAAUCAAUACUCUAGUUAAAGUUGGGAGUCCUGAAACUAAUACAGAGGACUACAACAAAUCACCAUUAGCUCUUCAGUUAUUUUCUGUGACUUUAGGGGUCUCCAGUGUUAUUAUGUAUAUUACCAUUUAAGGAAAUGUUAGUUAUGAAGCCGUAUGCAUAGAAGCUUAUGAAAACAGCUUGAUUGGCAUUCACACUGGUUCACGAUGAGGAUGCUUUAGCACAUUGUGUACGAAGCUAUUUAUGUGUGUAUUUUAUCUGACUUUUUGUAAGAAAAAUUUUUCUUUAAGGAAAUAAUAUCUUAGUUUUAAAAA